GCGUUGCGGUUAAUUCUAAUUAUUAAAUCAAAAUACGCGUCUUAUGUUCUGUUAAGUUAAGGGGCCUAAACUUCGAAAGUUCAAAAAUUACAGAAAUGUGCAAAUCAAUUAGUGAGAAACAACACAACAUUUGAUGCGGCACAAAGUAGGCCGUGCCGUUGAAGCUCUCAUCAGAUCUGCAGGUAUGAUUCAGAGGAACGAGGUUGUGCUGUCUGUUUUGGGAGAGCUCCAGGAGGCAACGGAGAGCUCUGGCCUGGACGCUCUGACCAGAGUGGCACUGGAAGUGGACCAGGUCCUUGCUCCCUUCCAGCUCCCCGGGACUCCCUGUCAGGAUUUUCCAGAGUGGGCAGGCGUGGAUGACACAGCUCACGGCCUGUACCCGGCUGAUGCACCUGGAGGCCUCUUGCCUCUAAAGUGCAAGGGAGAGGGGAACUUACUGUUUGAUGCAGUUAGCAUGCUGUUGAUGGGCAACACAGGACUUAGCUUGGAGCUACAGGUGCGGACUGUAGUGGAGAUGGUGCUGUGGAAGCGAUAUUACCUGUCUGGGAUGAUUGAUUCUAAAAUGAUGCUCCAAGCAGUUCGCUUCAGUCUCUGUGCUGAAGAGUCUGAGGACAUGUUAAACCUGCCUGUCACAGUCUUGGAGGCCAUCUUUGAUGCAGACGUCAAAGCUUCCUGCUUUCCAGGCUCCUACGCCAACAUGUGGCACGUUUACGCCCUAUCGUCAGUCCUUCAGUUUAAUAUCUACUCCAUCUACCCCAUGUUCAACCUCAAGAUCCGACCCUAUUUUAACCGAGUCAUACGUCCAAGGACCUGGCCCAAAGACUCAGAACCGCUAACCCUCCACAUCAUGUGGUCUGGAGAACUGCAGUCUGAGGCCUUGUUCAGGCCGAAAAAUUUCGUCGCACUAGCCCAUACCAGAGACCUCACUCUUGGAAGUCCCGACAGUGAGCAGAGGGCGUCGCCCACUAAGAGUGAGGAGCUGCUAAACCAGGACUCGCAACUGUCUUACCCAAGUUUGAAGGACAAGUACAACAUCACCAAGAGGACCUUCUACCGCUGGAAGAGGCAGACACAGGAACACUGCAAAAAGUCUGCAGCCAGGUAUGAGGCAAAAUAUUUCCUGCAGGCUUGCUACUUGGAGGGAAAACUCAUCCCUCUGCACCAGUUUAAGGAGUUUUUCCCUGAGAUCUCAAGGUCAUCCUACUAUAAUUGGAAGCACGAGCUUCUGAAAUCUGGAGGAAACUUCUCUACCUCAUCUUCAACUGGAGAGAUCAGUCCUGGAGAGAGCACAGAGCAGGAGGCCUGGUCUUCACCUGAAGCAAAACAAGAUGAGCCAGACCACCACGACAGUGUGGCCAGUAUGUUUGGCCUCAGCCUCGGCAAGCUGGAUCUAGACCGUGCCCAGAAUGUGGCGCAUAUGCAGGAAGCUAAGCGCUGUCUGCAGAGUUGCAUUGCCAUGAAUGCCUCCCUCCCCUUCAGAGUGUUCAAAAGAAAUUUCCCAGGGAUCUCCAGAUCAACCUACUACAACUGGAGGAGAGAGGCCAUGUUGUUCAACAGAGGUUACAAAGGCAGUGUCGGCAGCAGUGAGGACAGCUCAGAUGCUGACAAGAGCCAGAGUCCGAAAAGUCUGUCACCAGUCCUGCCUAACAUCAACCAGCCUGUCAUGCCCAGAAUGAGGAUCUGCAGGCGAAAGCACAGAAGUUUCAGGCUGGCAUACAUGAGUAAAAAACAGCUGAGAGAUGCUGCAAAGCUGCAUGUCCAGAAAUCAAAGUGGUCCCUGACAAAGUUCAAGCUCAAAUUCCCGUCCAUGUCCCCUUGUUUCUACUGGCUGUGGCGCAGCAGGCAGAACCACAAGAAAAAAGCAGCUGCUGUGUCACAGAGUGUCGCUGCCCUCCCCAGGAGUCUGGAAAGUGCAGUGACAGAAAACAAGAUUAUGGAGAGGAGGAUGGAGAGUCCGUCUAUGCUCCCAUAUGUUGAGAGCCCUAAGUAUUUAGAAAGCUCCACCAUGCCCUCUUUUGAUGCCCCACAUUCAAAGCACACCCUUCACAGCAAGGCACCAAUAGAUGAGCAGAUGUUUGCGAUGGAUGUCGUAGCUCUGGCCAACUUCAAGGCCAAGGCCAAGCUUUUCCUGCAGCAACGCUUUGAGGAAAAAUCCUUCCCUACUUUUAAAGAAUUCAGGUCUUACUUCCCCUUCACCCCACGCUCAACGUACUACAUGUGGAAGCGAGCUUUGCACCAUGGGGUGUCACUGGUUCAUGGAUAAAUGCGCAAAGCUUUCAUCCUGUAAAGAAUGGGCUUUCUGGAGCAAAAUAAAAGCUCUAUUGAAGAACUUCUUGAUCCCAAAAACUUCUGAUUCACCUUUCUGCAUUUUGUUGUAAACAUACUACCUUUACACUGUUGCCUUCCUGUUUACAUGCUCUAAAAGAUCGUUGAGUAUACUGGCUUUGCAGCUAAAGGUAUUGUGUCCUUCCUCUGCCCCACCACCGCAGCUCAUUCCUCCCUCCUGGACAUUUGCACGUGUGUGAAAAGAAACUGAGUCAUGGGUCCAUUUAAACCCUUCAUGUUGCCCUCCAGGCAAAAGGCAGUUCAAAGCUGUUGUUUCGUGGCAUUUUGUUUGAAGCUAUUUCUUCUCCAGUGUUUUUUAAUCCUUGCUAAACAUUGUACUUGGGGCCCUUUAUUUUUUCAAUUUUCAUUGUAGUAUGAUUUGUUGAUGCUUAAAUGUAUGCUUUUUUUGUUGAUGCAUGUAAUAUUGAUCUGGAUUCUUGGCAGUUUAGAAGGUUUUUAUUAAAUCUUUAAAUGUACAGAGCAGCUAGUAUUGGUUUUUCCAAGAUGACCUCUUGUUCAGACAUCCUCUGUAAACAGGGUUCCAGUCCUUUUUUCAUAUUUCUGCUUUUUAUUAUUGAAUGUACACCUCAGGGUUUCACUUGGUGCACUGAUGGUUUAGGUGGCUGUAUCAAGGUUUUGGCAUUUUAAAAUGGCUCCUUUUUCUGGUAAUCAACAUUAUAAACUGUGAGUUUUCACUAUAUUUGCACUAAAAUAGUUCCCAUUACACUGUUGAAUGUAUUUUCUUAACCAUUAAGCACACUGGUUAAGUUCCUACAACUCUAUUUUUGAGAAAUAACUUGAAAACUGAAUAUAAAUGAAGAUAUUUUAUUUUUUGUACACUCAUUUCAAAACUACCUAUUUCCCUGAAAUACUGGGGCUGUGUUUAUAAGCUACUUUUUUCUACUAUUCUGUUGUAAAUGAAUUUCUAGUUCACUUCUCUGCACACAGACAGAUGUGUUUUGCCACUGUAAUACCUCUGAAGCAUAGAUUUCAAUUUACACUUGUACUUUAUGUAUUUAUUUUUCUCAUUCAUCCCAUGUCCAAAACUGGUACUGUGAUACUGGCAGCCUGCAAUUAUGUUCAGUCAGUGGGUGAGGCAGUCUGUACUGGCUGUGUAUCAAUAAACUAUUGAUCA